CAAGGAGUUGAGCCCCUCUAGGAUCACCAGUGUUCCCACCUGCUGGCACUGGACCACGUCCUGGGUGGAGCCUGGCCACGUGGACAGCUCAGCAGGCCGGUGGCCUGUGAUGUCAGGACCUUUGCCCUGCUUCAUCCUGUUGUUGUAUGCACCUUCCCAACACCAUAUUUUUCACUCUUUCUGGAGAAUUCUCCGAAGGAUUCUCUGAAGGGAGACUGCUGAAUUCCUAGAUCCAACAUCAGGGAGGAACUGAAGCUGGAACAGAUGCUGAAAUUCCAAACAGUCCGUGGGGGCCUAAGGCUCCUAGGUGUCCGCCGCUCCUCCACUGCCCCUGCUGCUUCUCCAAAUGUCCGGCGUCUGGAGUACAAGCCCAUCAAGAAAGUCAUGGUGGCCAACAGAGGUGAGAUCGCCAUCCGUGUGUUCCGUGCCUGCACAGAGCUGGGUAUCAGGACAGUGGCCAUCUACUCCGAGCAGGACACGGGCCAGAUGCACCGCCAGAAGGCUGAUGAAGCCUACCUUAUUGGCCGGGGCCUGGCACCUGUGCAGGCCUACCUGCACAUCCCAGACAUCAUCAAAGUGGCCAAGGAGAAUGGUGUGGAUGCCGUGCACCCUGGCUAUGGGUUCCUCUCAGAGAGGGCAGACUUUGCCCAGGCCUGCCAGGAUGCUGGAGUCCGGUUCAUUGGGCCAAGCCCAGAAGUGGUCCGUAAGAUGGGAGACAAGGUGGAGGCCCGGGCCAUUGCCAUUGCCGCAGGUGUUCCUGUGGUCCCUGGCACUGAUGCCCCCAUCACCUCCCUGCACGAAGCUCAUGAAUUCUCCAACACCUAUGGCUUCCCCAUCAUCUUCAAGGCUGCUUAUGGGGGUGGAGGCCGUGGCAUGAGGGUCGUGCACAGUUACGAGGAACUGGAAGAGAAUUACACUCGGGCCUACUCUGAGGCCCUGGCAGCCUUUGGGAAUGGGGCACUGUUUGUGGAGAAAUUUAUUGAGAGGCCACGCCACAUCGAGGUACAGAUCCUGGGGGACCAAUAUGGGAACAUUUUGCACCUGUACGAGCGGGACUGCUCCAUACAGCGGCGGCACCAGAAGGUGGUGGAGAUCGCCCCUGCUGCUCAACUGGACCCCCAACUCCGCUCACGCCUCACCAGUGACUCUGUCAAACUUGCCAAGCAGGUGGGCUAUGAGAAUGCAGGCACUGUGGAAUUCCUGGUGGAUAAGCAUGGCAAGCACUACUUCAUUGAAGUUAAUUCUCGUCUUCAAGUGGAACACACAGUCACGGAGGAGAUCACAGAUGUGGACCUGGUUCAUGCUCAGAUCCACAUAGCCGAGGGCAGGAGCCUGCCUGACCUGGGCCUACGGCAGGAGAACAUCCGUAUCAAUGGCUGUGCCAUCCAGUGCCGGGUCACCACCGAGGACCCUGCUCGAAGUUUUCAGCCUGACACUGGCCGUAUUGAGGUGUUUCGGAGUGGCGAGGGCAUGGGCAUCCGCCUGGACAAUGCAUCGGCUUUCCAGGGGGCCGUCAUCUCACCUCACUACGACUCCCUGCUGGUCAAAGUCAUUGCCCAUGGCAAAGACCACCCCACGGCUGCCACCAAGAUGAGCAGAGCCCUGGCUGAGUUCCGUGUCCGAGGUGUGAAGACCAACAUCCCCUUCCUGCAGAAUGUACUCAACAACCAGCAGUUCCUGUCCGGCACUGUGGACACCCAGUUCAUCGAUGAGAACCCUGAACUCUUCCAGCUGCGGCCCGCACAGAACCGGGCCCAGAAGCUGCUACACUACCUCGGACACGUCAUGGUGAAUGGCCCCACCACUCCAAUUCCUGUCAAGGCCAACCCCAGCCCUGUAGACCCCAUGGUCCCUGCAGUGCCCAUAGGCCCACCUCCGCCUGGGUUCCGAGAUAUACUCCUGAGAGAGGGCCCAGAGGGCUUUGCUCGUGCCGUGCGGAACCACCAGGGGCUGCUGCUGAUGGACACGACUUUCCGGGAUGCUCACCAGUCACUGCUGGCCACGCGUGUGCGCACCCACGAUCUCAAAAAGAUUUCACCCUAUGUCGCCCACAGCUUCAACAAGCUCUUCAGCAUAGAGAACUGGGGAGGAGCCACAUUUGACGUUGCCAUGCGCUUCUUGUACGAGUGCCCCUGGCGGCGGCUGCAGGAGCUCCGGGAGCUCAUCCCCAACAUCCCAUUCCAGAUGCUGCUUCGGGGGGCCAAUGCCGUGGGCUACACAAACUACCCUGACAACGUGGUCUUCAAGUUCUGUGAAGUGGCCAAAGAGAACGGCAUGGACGUCUUCCGGGUCUUUGACUCCCUCAACUACUUGCCAAACAUGCUACUGGGCAUGGAAGCAGCAGGCAAUGCUGGGGGUGUGGUGGAGGCUGCCAUCUCAUACACAGGCGAUGUGGCUGACCCCAGCCGCACUAAAUACUCACUGCAGUACUACACGGGCUUAGCUGAAGAGUUAGUACGAGCUGGCACUCACAUCCUGUGCAUCAAGGACAUGGCAGGGCUGCUGAAGCCAGCAGCCUGCACCAUGCUGGUCAGCUCUCUUCGGGACCGCUUCCCUGACCUCCCGCUGCACAUCCACACCCAUGACACGUCAGGGGCAGGUGUGGCAGCCAUGCUGGCCUGUGCUCAGGCUGGCGCUGAUGUAGUGGAUGUGGCAGCCGACUCCAUGUCUGGGAUGACCUCACAGCCCAGCAUGGGAGCGUUGGUGGCCUGUACCAGAGGGACUCCCCUGGACACAGAGGUGCCCCUGGAGCGUGUGUUCGACUACAGUGAGUACUGGGAGGGGGCUCGGGGACUGUACGCAGCCUUUGACUGCACGGCUACCAUGAAGUCUGGCAACUCGGACGUGUAUGAAAAUGAGAUCCCAGGGGGCCAGUACACCAACCUACACUUCCAGGCCCACAGCAUGGGGCUUGGCUCCAAGUUCAAGGAGGUCAAGAAGGCCUAUGUGGAGGCCAACCAGAUGCUGGGUGACCUGAUAAAGGUGACACCUUCCUCCAAGAUUGUGGGGGACUUGGCCCAGUUUAUGGUGCAGAAUGGGUUGACCCGGGCAGAUGCUGAAGCUCAAGCAGAAGAGCUGUCCUUCCCUCGCUCCGUGGUGGAGUUCCUGCAGGGCUACAUUGGGGUUCCCCAUGGGGGGUUCCCUGAGCCCUUUCGCUCUAAGGUGCUAAAGGACCUACCAAGGAUAGAGGGGCGGCCUGGAGCCUCUCUCCCUCCCCUGAACCUACAAGCACUGGAGAAGGAGCUGAUAGAGAGGCAUGGGGAGGAAGUGACCCCAGAGGAUGUGCUCUCAGCAGCCAUGUACCCUGAUGUCUUCACCCAAUUCAAGGACUUCACAGCCACAUUUGGCCCCCUGGAUAGCCUCAAUACCCGUCUCUUUCUGCAAGGACCCAAAAUUGCAGAGGAGUUCGAGGUGGAACUCGAACGGGGCAAGACACUGCACAUCAAAGCCCUGGCUGUGAGUGACCUGAACCGAGCUGGCCAGAGGCAGGUCUUCUUUGAACUCAAUGGGCAGUUACGGUCCAUCUUGGUUAAGGACACUCAAGCUAUGAAGGAAAUGCAUUUCCACCCCAAGGCUCUGAAGGAUGUGAAAGGCCAAAUAGGGGCACCCAUGCCUGGCAAGGUGAUAGACAUCAAGGUGGCAGCAGGAGCCAAGGUGGCUAAGGGCCAGCCCCUCUGUGUGCUCAGUGCCAUGAAGAUGGAGACUGUGGUGACUUCGCCCAUGGAGGGGACUGUCCGCAAGGUCCAUGUGACCAAGGACAUGACACUGGAAGGUGAUGACCUCAUCUUGGAGAUUGAGUGAUCUUGCCCUAGCCUGGUAGCCUGGCCGCCCCCAACCCAAGCCUUCAACAGAAGCUGUGCUGCCAGGGCAGGCCCAUGCCAGCCAGUGCCUGAGGGCAGGAAGGCCUGGCCCUCGAAAUCCUGUCCCAUGGGACAACGGACACAUCACCUGCAACAAUCCAUUCCCUUUACCCAUUUGUCCUUUCGCUACUGGCGGACAGUUGUUCACAUUACUCAUCUCUUGCCAAAUACGGGUCUUCUCCUUGUGGGAGACUAAAGGUGGUAGAACAAGUGGCCUUGGGGCCUGGAGGAAAGAUGUUGGAGGUCCUUCCUCCUGGGGAGAGGGAAGAUCUAAGCUUCAGGUCUGGGAAAUCUAUUCAAUAAAACUGGCUUUCCCCUGCCUCCA